AUGACCGGGCAGGCCCGCAUGCAGUUCCGCGGCGUGCAGGCCAGCGCCAUGGCCACCAUCCAGCAGGGCCACAGCCUGGUGGUGGCUAUCAUGCCCACGGGGGGUGGUAAAAGCAUGUUAUUCAUGUUGCCCGCGUGGGCCAUGCCCGGCGGCACCACCAUUGUGGUGGUCCCGUUGAUAUCAUUACGCCAGGACAUGGCGCGGCAGUGCUGGCAGGUUGGGGUAUCAUGCGUGGCGUGGGACUGGCAGCGGCCGCCCGACGAGGCCGCUAUUGUGUUGGUGACGCCCGAGUCCACGGUGACGAGUGAUUUCCAGUCGUUUAUCAACUAGUUGGUAAUGAUGCGGCGGUUGGACCGCGUGGUAGUAGAUGAAUGCCAUAUUAUCAUGAACCCGCA